AUGUCAAACACAGGCAGUGGGCAAGAUGCCCUUCCUCCGGUCAACCUCAAGCCGCUGUUGACCAAGCUCUGGCCAACGGACAAUGCAGUGACGCCCGAUGAGAUCGCAGAGGCAAUCUCUCAUUUCUUCACAAACCAGGUGACAGAAGCCCAGACAGCUUCUCUCCUCAUGGCUCUCCAUUUCACCAAGCUCGACUACAAGGCGGACGUUUUAGAGCGUUGCGCCUAUGUAAUGAGAAAAGCCGCAGCGCCCAUUCCGGUCCAGGAGCUCCAGAGUGUCAUUGAGGCGCGGGGAAGAAAAGAGGGCACGUACAAGGGCGGACUGUGCGAUAUUGUUGGCACUGGAGGCGACUCUCACGACACCUUCAAUGUCAGUACAACUUCCUCAAUUCUUGCGUCUUCGCUGCUUCUGGUCUCCAAACACGGCAACAAGGCAAGCACAUCUAAAUCAGGCAGUGCCGACAUGGUCAACUGCAUGAAGCCUCGGGCGCCUAUUAUUAGCGCCGUGAAGCCGGACACCCUGGUCAAGGUCUACUCCAAUACAAACUACAGCUUCCUCUUCGCCCCAGUCUUCCACACUGGCAUGCGCUACGUAGCUCCUAUCCGGAAGCAGCUCCCCUGGAGAACUAUUUUCAACAACUUGGGUCCAUUGGCAAAUCCGGUGGAGGACGUGUUGGAAGCUCGAGUUAUCGGUGUCGGAAGACGAGAUCUCGGCCCCGCUUUUGCCGAAGCCUUGAGAGUUGCUGGCUGCCACAAGGCAUUGAUUGUCUGUGGAGAAGAGGAAUUAGAUGAAAUUAGCUGUGCAGGCAAUACGCUCUGCUGGAUGCUGAAAGAAAAGUCUCCUGGAGGAGAGACAGUGGUCGAGCAUUUCAAAGUCCACCCCAGUGACUUUGGCGUCCGCACCCACGCCUUACACGAGGUGUCCUCCGGAAAGGAGCCUCAAGAAAAUGCGGAUAUUCUCGUUCGCAUCUUGAAAGGCGAACUUCCCCUGGAUGAUCCGGUCGUCGAGUUCGUUUUGAUCAAUACUGCAGCCCUUCUUGUCGCAUCUGGUAUCUGCGAGGCGGAUACCAGUGACAUGGGCCAUGGCGAUGAUGGAAAUGUCAUCAAAGAACGUGGCCCGGGAGGCCAACGUUGGAAGGAAGGUGUUCGAAGAGCUAAGUGGGCUAUCACUAGUGGUGAGGCCUGGAGACAGUGGCAAGCGUUUGUCGAUGUUACCAAUGAGAUUGGAAACUAG